UCCCUGACUCCACCUCGGAGCGGGCUGGCUCCUCGCACACGGACGAGACCAUGGGAGGGACGGCGGAGCACUGCCGCUUUCUGGACGCAGAAGCAGCCAAGCCGCGGGAGAAGAGCUGCCCCAGGUACCAGCUCUGCGGACUGCUCUUCAGCCUGCUGCUCCUUUCCUUUAUUCUGAUAUUUUUUGGUGUCAGAUACCUCUGGAACCCAGCACCCAGAAAAGUUUAUGACAUGGAGCACACGUUCUUCAGCAAUGGUGAGAAGAAGAAGAUUGUGAUGGAGAUUGACCCACUGGCCAGGACAGAGACCUUCAGCAGCGGGAAUGGCAGUGAGGAGAUCCUGGAGAUCCAUGACUUCAAAAACGGAAUAACUGGCAUCUUCUUUGUGGGACUUCAAAAAUGUUUCAUCAAAACUCAGACUAAAGUCCUGCCUGAGACGACAGAGGCCAAGAUCCCUGAGCUUGAGGGACAAGAAAUCACCACCACCUACUUUGAGCAGUCUGUGGUCUGGGUGCCUGGGGAAAAGCCCAUUCAGAACAAGGAAUUCCUGAAGAGCUCCAAAAUUUUUGACAUCUGCAAAAAUGUGACCAUCUUCUGGAUCCACCCCACACCAAUAGCAGCUCCUGAGCUGGCCAACCUUGAAGGGGCAGAAGAAGAAGAGCCUGAGCUGCUGAUGGACAGCCAGAGCUGGUUGGACGGGGGGAACGAACACGAGCUGGAGGAGGACACGCGGGCGGGGCCCAAGCGUCGGGCGCGGCAGCUCACCGAGGAGGACCUGCCCGUCAACGACUACUCGGAGAACGGGCUGGAGUUCCACCCUCUGUGGGAUGAGCGAGGCUACUGCUGUGCCCAGUGCCGCCGUGCCAACCGCUACUGCCGGCGGGUGUGCGAGCCGCUGCUGGGCUACUACCCCUACCCCUACUGCUACCAGGGCGGCAGGGUCAUCUGCCGCAUCAUCAUGCCCUGCAACUGGUGGAUCGCGCGGAUGCUGGGCAGGGUGUAGCCGGGCCGUGCCUGCUGCCAGCCUCCAGGAGCCUGCUGGCACACCGACAGCGCCGCGGGGCACUGCCCGGCCGGUGAGCCCGCAG